GUCGGACUUUUAUGAAACUAAGACACUAUGUCCGCAGGCGCAGUUCUCUCACAAUUUUCAAAUUUACUUAACCACAUGGAGUCUUUUGGUCCCAAAUUGAGCUCUAACAUCCGCCCAAACCGCGACCAGUUGGACGAGAUUCAGAAACUGAGGGAUCGACUUAAACCAGCUUUGGCUACUAUCGAGUCUCAUGUGGAACAUCUGUUGAAGAAAGCAACUCCGACAGUUAAAGAGCGAAACCUUGCAAACCGAAUCCGAUCUUUCCAAGUCGCCGGCCAAUUCGAUCCAGCAUUGUUUAGAAAAAAUCUAGUGCUUAUCUUUCGAGGACCAGAUGAAUCUGCAUUGGAUACAGACAAAGUGAGAAUCAGGAAAGCCAAGUCUCGAACUCGAUGUGAAAAACUGCGCGCCGAGUCUCCCCACUUGAUUCUGAGGUGGGCAAUGACACUUCAGCCAUCGGCGUGGAUACACCCAACAGUCAUGGCAGAUAGUACAUUCGAUUUUCUCAUUGGAGAUUUGAAAGCAAUCUUUGAUCAAAUACCUUCUAGGGUCGCUGAAAGCCUACAUUGCUUGAAGGGCGAGGAACCCUUAAAACCUUGCGAACAGUUCCAAGAAUUUGUCAAAAUUAUAGAUCAAUCAAUCAGCGUGGAAGAACAAGAGAAUAUGGCGCGAUACAAACGGAUACGUACAGAACAAAGUUUACCAACGGAAAGAAAACGUCAUGCCACAGAGAGUGAUGAUAAACAGAUGAUGGAACGAAGAAGCAAAGAAAUCGACUACAAAAUGUCGUCCAUGCCACCCAGCAAGCUGCCAAAUUUGAUCAAGCGUCUUUCGUGGGCGAUAGAGAGUAGCGAGCAAUGGAAAUGGGAAAGACGAAUCGUAGCCGAGAGACUGGGGAGUAGCGAUGCCGAUACGACAGAUUGCCUUAACUUUUUCGUCCCGAAAGACCGAAGUCAAGAUAUUUCGAUCACCUUAGUGGUCGGCCGCCGUGCUGGCUUUGAUUUGAUAUACGAGGCAGAAGUUGCAAUUAUUCGCGUUUAAAAGUCACAGUUGCUCCGAUCACAGGAGCUGCGAUCACGCUGACUUGACAUCCGGCAGGCACAGUUGCAGUUUCUUCCACAGAAGGGUCGGGUCCAUUUUCCCAAACGGCAGGAGACCGAGGAUCUGCUUUCGGAUCAAAAAUGAUUAUCGAUUCUCCCUUUCCUGUCAAUUUUCUCUCGUAGUUGGCCUCCCGGAAAAGAGCGCCACCUUUUAUUUCAUAUCUGUGGCCCUCCACCGCAGCGAUUCCAACUUCCUCGGCCAUUUCAGAUAGCUUUCCUUUCUGAUUCAGAAUUCGAUGUAGACCAAGACGACAGGAUAUUCGAGUCCGUAGGAUGAGUUCUCGAAGCGAGGUUUGGUGAAAUAUUGCGGGAGUGUAACUCGACCAAAAACCCCGCUAGAUCAAAUUUAAUGGAGGGACGACUCGCACGUGACCGUGGCGGCCUAAUCGGGUAGACACCGGAGGUCAGUCCACGAGGAUUGGGAUUCAUGUCAACGGACUCACCUAAAGAACUGAAUACAAAGAAUGUCAAAUUUUCUUUGUGAGAAAAUAUGGAAUAACUAGUCUCAUCAAGCUUAGCAUAGCUAGUUCUGUCUUUUCUAUGUCAGUCUAGGCUCUGGACGAUACAACGGGUCAUUCUCACUGUUGCUAGCUGUGAUUGCCCAGAGUUUUCAAGAUAUGCACAGACUGUGAUGACACCUGAAAAAAAGCAGAAUAUUAUGGCUGUUAAAGCUGCUGCUUGAAGAGCCCGUUGAUGAUUGGAGGCUUGAUUCUGGAAGAAGUCCAAACUUCGAGAUGUUGAGUACGAAC